AUGGCUACAGACACAGUUGAGCUUUCGGUGCCCCUUCCCCGCUCUCUGGACACCCGCAUCUACCUCCGCCUAUCCACAAAAGCCAAGUCAGUCUUGCUCAACCUGACGACGGCUUCACAAGACGAGCUCGCUACCCCAACGUCCAUGGGCUCAUUCGUCUAUGCCCUGCCCAACAGGCUCGACCCUGUGCAGCCACUAUCCACGACGCUCUACUCGUCAGAGUCGUCAGUCGAGUUCACGACCCGUCUGGCUAAGUUGCUGGCCCGGAGAACGCAGCUCCCGGUUUACGUGAGCAACUCAAUGAGCUUUGCCGAUGCCGGCAUGGGUGGCACGAUAGAGGAGGAGAUGGAGGCCUUCAAGACCAUUGUUCAGAUUGUCUUGGAGAAGCUGCAGCCCAGUGCCAAAUCGACUACGGCUUGA